AUGUACCUUAUAGCGUAUCCAAAGCAUAGGGGCCCCAGCAACCCAUCGAGGGCCCAGAAAGCCCUUCAAGAAAGUCAGAGAGAAUAUACUGCCGUCCGUUGGCCAAUAAAGAGGCCCAUUUUAGGAGACGCACCAUGCAGGGAGCAAAUUUUUCAACAGACCAGCGCAAGCAUUGUUUACAGAAAUGGUCACUGGCCUAUGUCAGAGCGACCUUCAUGGCCAAAGCGUGUCUACGACAAAGAACACGAUAAGGUCGGUAUUCGAGACACCGUGAGCAAAACCAAGAACGUCGAGCUACAUACCACGGCCGAUAGUAUGUUUAAAGUGAUGAGGUCAUGCAAAAGGCCGCCAACGAGGGAGCACAGUGUCGCCUAUGCCUACCGAAUCUCGAAGCUGAAGGUAAAGUUUCUUACGGGAGACUUGACUGCCAAAAACUAUAUGAGAGACCCGGAAGCAUUCCUUAAUGUUGACGAUGAAGCUAAGAGGGAUUGCGAAGAAGUUACGGGUACCAUGGGAGCAAAUGGUUGA